ACUCAUUCGCACUCAUCCGCCCCUUAGCGCUGUUUGCGGUAUAGAAAACAGUGUUCGGCGGAAUAAGUGGUUGCCGUCCGCGCGCCAUCCGUUCGUUCGCUUCUGCUGUUGCGCUUCGAAAUCGAUCCUCGUCGACAAGGUCACCUGCUGACAAGCCGGUCAGACCAACACUAACCAAAGUACAUUCUGACGUGCGUCUAUAUGUUCACAUCACACAUUCAGCGCCAUAUGUUUGCCAGCGGCUUUGUUCUCUGCACCCUCUGAAAGCUUUUUUCUGCUACUGUCAUUUAUUUCAGAUGUUUUGUCUGUAAAUAGGCUACGAUGGAGUGUAACAUACAUAUUUCUUGGCAAGGAGAGCAUCUGCUCACUCCCUCUUCUCUAGUCAAAGCUGCCACAAAAAAUUCUAUUCUUCCUCUCACUUUGAGUGGUUCUUCUGGUGAUUCUAUAGAUGUGAUUUUCAAUCGUACAAGGCACACCUCUCCGCGUGCGAGCUUACCUUCAUCCAGUGUGAAUGACUGCUUUUACGAAGAAGAAGUUGAUGGCAUUUUGAAUACAUUGAGUGCUUGCACUACUUCUAGCAUAUCGGGUAUCAUCCACGCGGGUUCUAAUUAUUUUAUUCUUGAUACUAAAAACGGAAAGGAUUUUGUUCUUUUGCCACAGUCGCUGAAGUCGUGUGAACUAAAAACGCGUUCGAAACGGCAAGGAAAAACUAACAAGAACACAUUACCAUCGUACUAUUCUGAUUAUAACGAUGGAAGGUGGAGAUACGUUGAGCUGGCUCUUGUUGCCGAUUAUUCUGUGUAUGCUAAGUAUGGCAAGGACGAAGCUAAAGUCAUCGAACGCCUCCAAACCAUUGCUCAUCAUGUUAAUGCGGUCUACUAUCCAUUGAACAUACGUAUCACACUUGUUUUUGCGGAAGUGUGGAAGGAUGGCGACAAGUUCGAAGUUGCAACAAGCGGUGAUCGCACUUUGGAUAGGUUCCUCAACUACAGGAAACAGAUUAUCAAAGCUCAUCCGAACGACAAUGCUCAUAUGAUCACUGAUAUCCGAUUUGAAGCAAACGUUGUUGGCAAAGCAUUCAAAGGAACUAUGUGUUCUUAUGACUACUCAGGCGGUGUUGACGUGGACCAUAGCAAUAACUCCGCUAUCGUUGCUGCCACUGUAGCGCAUGAGAUGGGGCACAAUUUUGGUAUGGAACACGACGUAGAUUACGGAACAACGUGCAAUUGUCCUGGGAAUCACUGUGUCAUGGCUCCAUCGACGGGUGCGUCUCCUCCAACAUUUUGGUCAGACUGCAGUUUGAAAUACCUCUCGACUAGCUUCAGUCACGGAGUUGACCUUUGUUUGAAGAAUGCUCCGGAGAAGACUGUGGGUGGCGCGAAAUGUGGAAACGGUAUAGUAGAAACUGGCGAGGAAUGUGACUGUGGCAGAGAGCAGUGCCCACAUUCUUGCUGUGAUGGUGCGACUUGUCGUUUGACUGAAGAUGCAGAAUGCGCAGAUGGAGAUUGUUGCGAUUUGCUCACAUGCAAGCCGAAGCCCAGGGCUGUAGUAUGCCGUGCUUCUACUGGUAUUUGCGAUCUGCCGGAGUACUGCAAUGGUGACACUCCUGAAUGUCCUGCCGAUUUUUUUAUUCAGAAUGGUCAACUUUGUCCUGGCAGAAGUGACGAGUACUGCUACGAUGGUCAAUGUGGAAGCCGACCAGAUCAGUGUGUGUCGAUAUGGGGACCCACUGGAAAAGAGGGGGAUCAUGCUUGUUAUCAGCAGAACACUAAUGGGAUAAUACAAGGCAAUUGUGGAUUUGAUGUUCAUACGGCGCAGUUUACCCGGUGUUUAGCCGAUGACAUCAUGUGUGGUCGACUACAGUGUGGUACACAGGCCGAACGUCCGAUAUUUGGUGAUCCAACUACUGUUACUUCUGCAUAUACAUAUGUCAGAGUCGGAUCUGAAACUCACCAAUGCCAUGUCAUCAAGACGACUUAUAUAGUUGGCGAAAAGAAUAAGCCCGACCCUGGAAUGGUUCUUGAUGGUUCCAAGUGCGGCGAUGACAAGAUAUGUGUGAGUGCGAAAUGCAAACCCCUCACGGAAGUGUCGAAAACUGUUUCCAAGUGCAAUGAUCAUUGCCAUCACAGAGGAGUUUGUAACAAUGUUGGAAAUUGCCACUGUGAAAAUGGCUUUGGCGGAGUUGCUUGCGAAAUUCCAGGUUUUGGGGGAUCUGUGAAUAGUAAUCCUUCCAAUACCAGUAGAGGAAUAACUCCGUCUACUGUGCUGCUGAUUCUCCUAGCUAUUUCGACAAUAGUUUUGAUCGUGGUCUGCUUCUUUUACUGGUUCAAGAAGAAGAGAAACCUUCCUAAAGAGUUCUGGGAAUACAUGAGGAAGACACUGAAUUUGCACGGCGUAUUAGUGCCAGUUCGGAAAGCUCCACCGCCUCCUAGACGGCAUAUGAAAAGGGAAAGUUUAAAUGCUAUGUGGAGUGAUGGCAUUGUGACUUAUUCUGCAAGCGAGCGUCCUCAGACUCUUGUGCCUCCGGCCAUUCCUCCCAUGACCAUUACUACCGAAAAUCACACUACCAAGACGAAAAAUUCGAAUCAGCCUUUGGUCCAGUUCCCAGUCACAGCUAAUAGUACCACUAACAACAAGGUCACUUUUACCAGAGUACCCUCUAUGAGACCUAAAGAACCACCACCUGUUGUACCUACACGUCCACCCGAAUCAAAACUAGAAAACCUGUACAAGGAAAGAGGAGAGGAAAUGGGUAUCAUCAACAGUAACGCAUAUGAGUACGCCUAUCGGGAUUUGCCAACACCACCACCAGAAGAUUUCAGCUCAUCCAAAAAAGCUACUUUGAAUCGUCCGGUUCAACCUCCACCACCACCUCCUCACGCUUCUCAGAAAUCUUCAUUCAAUGAUAAGACACAACGCCCUGCGAUACCCAAGAAGCCACCAAAAGUCCUUAGUGCCCCCGGAGAUGCUGGUGUACGCGCUCUUGCUGCCAAAUUCGACUCUCAGCGAAACUAGAAGGAUUUCGUAACUUUGAUGCGAUCUGUCUACCCUCAUUUAUGAUCUUUCUCUUAUGUCUUUGGCAUUGCACUUAUCUGUACUUAUCAUUCUUGCAUAUUCUGGCCACUCACGCAGCUUUGUGAUUGUUUUUGUGCUUUCACGCAUACGCAUUCUGGAACAUUCUCUUCGAAGACACCUGAAAGCUUUCUCAUUUUUUUUCUCUCCGAAAUUCCCAAAACUGUCAAUCUCUACGAACCCCGGUCCACUUCUGUGUGCAACCCUAAGUGAUUUUUUUUGUUGUUUUUUUUUUGAGAUGUAAAAGCUUUAAGCCUAUAAUCCCAGUUAAGCAUGACGCUCAUUGUUUUUUUACGCAACUGUUCAUUCUCAUCAUUAUGGGAGUUUUUGCGCUCAGCGCUUUCAUGUCUUUGAAAGUCUUGAUAAAUAAUUCUAAG